AUGAAGUCGACGACGUUCCUUAGUACGGCUGUUGCCGUCUUCGCCAAAUUGGCUUCCGCUGCUGGCGUCACCGGUGCGGCCGAAGGCUUCGCCAAAGGUGUCACGGGCGGUGGAACGGCUACCCCUGUCUACCCGACGACCAACGCUGAGCUGGUGUCGUACCUUGGCGACAGCUCUGCGCGUGUCAUCAUCCUCACCAAGACGUUUGAUUUCACUGGCACUGAGGGCACGACCACUGCCACCGGGUGUGCUCCUUGGGGCACUGCUUCUGCUUGCCAAGUAGCCAUCAACCAGAACAGCUGGUGCGACAACUACGAGUCGAGUGCACCCAAGGUGUCCGUUACCUAUGACAAUGCAGCCAUUAUUGGCAUCACUGUGAAGUCCAACAAGUCCAUCGUUGGCCAGGGUAGCGCGGGUGCUAUCAAGGGCAAGGGCCUGAGACUGGCCAAUGGAGUUAGCAAUAUCAUCAUCCAGAACAUCCAUAUCACCGGCCUGAACCCGCAGUAUGUAUGGGGUGGUGAUGCCAUUACGCUGGCUGGCACUGACAUGGUUUGGAUCGACCACGUCAAGACCUCUCUCAUUGGACGGCAGCAUAUCGUCCUCGGCAACACCGCUUCGGGGCGUGUCACCAUCUCGAACAACGAGAUCGACGGAAGCUCCUCGUGGUCGGCCUCUUGCGAUGGCCACCACUACUGGGCUCUGUACUUUACCGGCUCCAGCGAUCUUGUCACCUUUAAGGGCAACUACAUCCACCACACUUCGGGCCGCUCGCCCAAGGUCGCCGGCAACACCCUGCUGCAUGCCGUCAACAACUACUGGUACGCCAACUCGAAGCAUGCCUUUGAGGUUGACAGCGGUGCCCAGAUCGUUGUUGAGGGCAGUGUGUUCCAGAACGUUGCCAACGUGGUCGAUACUUCCUCGACCAUUGAAGGCAAGAUUUUCACCAGCCCGGACACCAACUCGAAUGCGGCUUGCUCAACCAACUUGGGCCAUACUUGCCAGCUUAAUUCUUACGGCAGCACCACUACCUACUCUGGUACAGAUACGACCUUCUUCUCCGAAUUCUCGGGCAAGAACAUUGCCAGCGCUAGCGCUGCCAGUACUGUGGUGAGCAGCGUGACUGCCAAUGCCGGUAUUGGCAAGCUUUAA